AUCCGAAUGUGUAGAACACUGCUAUUCACCAUGAAGAAACAGUGAUGAACAGAAGAUAACAUUUUUGUAGCAUCUCUUCAGCUCAACUCUCAGCAUUCUAUAGUGACAUUGAACAACUCUUUCCUGCUUGUCUAUGAUACCAUCUUUUCUGAUCCCAAAACAAACCACUGCCUGUUCCUUGGUUGAUACUGGUACUGAAUUUCUAUUCCGUUCUAUAUAGCUCCAGGAAACACAAUGGAGAAAUUCACAGAAUCACCCCCGACCUUGAGAGGAGACAAUCUGAUUCUGCAGCCACAAAUGCAGCAUCUGACUGAUAAUGAUCCCACUUUAAGAGGGCAAGUUGUACCAAUCCUGAGUACCCCAGUGAUGUCUGUGCCAUACUCAGGGGAUCAUCUUCCUCAAUUUUGUGGUAACCCAACCAGUGUCACAGGUUUCUUUGCUCAGGUGGCUGCUUAUUUGACAGCUCUGGAGAUUUCUAAUCCUGCAGAUGAUGCCCGAGUCAAGCACUUUUUUGAUUACCUAUCCCAGCAGAUGCAAAGUUGUGACAUUAUAUCUGAGUCUAACCGGAGGAACCUAUUGAAGCAAUAUGAGAAGUUUGUUCAUGAGUUCCAGCAGUCAUUAGUUAAACCUGCAAAACAAGAAAUGACUCCUCCAAUGAAUGUUAAGAUUGACAAGAGAGACAACUCUCAGCAGGAUGCUACUUUCCAAGUUCUUGAUCAAAAUCUGAGUUGUAGUGAGACCAUUCAGGGCAAUCCAUUCCAAAUGGGACAGUCUGGGCCUACUCAUGAUGAAGAAAUCACAGAUAUAAUAGGAAACCUACCAGAUUUGAUCACUCAAUGCAUUCAUCUGGACAAAAAACACAAAGACAGGCCAGAGCUCCUACAGUCAGAAUGUCACCUACCAAUGUUUGCAUCUACAAACCAUCACGAAUCCUCCCUCAUCCCUGUAAGUCCACUACCCAAGGAUGAGCCCAAACAAUUUCAGGGAGCCCAAAUUCCCAUCACUCCAGCUAAAAGAGCCCUCCAGCAAGAAACUCAGUUAUGUCUCCAUUGUAACCAGGCUGGUCACUUCACAAGAGAUUGCCUUGCUAAACGUUCUCGAACUCCAGCAAGAAGAAAAAUGUAAGUUGCUAGUAAAAGGAGGAAGAAAAUUACUUUUAAAAUUCAUACCCUUCUCACCAUUGGCCUUAGUGAUUUAUAAACUUUCAUGAACUUCAAAAUGCAAAUGAGUUGCUGUGGCAUUGCUUUAAAAACAACCAUGAACAUUUACAUCUCCAGAAAUUUAAACUACCAGACUUUUUAGUUGGAGGAUAGCCCCUCACCCAAUUUGACAUAACAAAAAUGAUGAAGAUAAUAAAACUUUAUUACAGUUGGGACCAAUCCUUCAGAGUUCUGACAGUUUGCAGACAAGACUCUCUCCAGUCUGAGAAAGGAAAAAAAAAAACUGAUAAUAUACUGAAAUUCACAUCUCUAUCAAUGGAUGAAAUCUUGGUUGAUUCUACUGGCCCAAGUCCCAUAGCUUGUGUGCCUAGGACUGAGCCCAGAGCUUUUAUCCUCUUUACUGAUCUGUCUCUUAGUGACUUAUUUUUUCAGGUCCUCUGCUUGCAAUCAUAGUGGCAUCACCAUAUCCAAGAAUAUCCUUGUCAUCAAGAGACCAGAAUCUGGAUGUUAUUCUACCUAGUAAUCAGAUUCUAAUGUCAAUACAAGUGAAUCAUCCUGGAACUAAAUCUCUGCCACUCUUCUAUACAGCUUUGUAUUUUGAUGCCAUUGAAAGACUCCUGAUUACCCUGCCUACCUGAACUUCUUGGCUCUUGGCAAACCAAAUUAUAUGGUCAUUUAAACUGAAUACUACUUGAUUACCGGCAACUUUCUUGAGGAAUUUGGCAGGUAACAUACAUUAAGCUGCCAAUCCAAGCUUAGUCAUAUCUAUACUCAUGUUCCUAUUUUAGGUUUGAACAUAUAUAUGGCUAAGUCUAAUGGUUUAGAAAAAUGACCAAGUAAGUUAUUUAAAGACAUCUGUUUAAAGUGCCCUGUUCUUGUUGCCUGAGCAGAAACAAAUCCCUAUUCAGGACUGGCUUUCCAACUUGCAGUAGUUCCUGACUCUCUAGUUCUCACUAUUUAAGACCACUGUCAGUUGCUACCAAACAAUACUCUUAUACACUGCCUAUGGGUGUUAUCAUCUAAUCGAGAACCUUGGAAAGCAAUGGGACGACAGAAAUUUUGGAACCAACUGAUCUCCAAACUUUUGUGCACCUAUGUUAACAUCCACCAGGCACAAAACUCAAGAACUAGAGUAUAUUUUUGCUUGUCUGAUAUUUUUGGCACACAUCUAUGUAUAAAUAGGUGAUGUAGAUGAUGUUUCUGCAAAAGAAAUGGGAAUAUGUGCUAGAAAGGCACAACUUCUUAAAAAUGUAAACAACUAGUAUUUAUCAGUAUUUGCUGGUAAUAACCAGUUCUUCGUUCAUUGCUUAAAGAUGUAAACAACUAGUAUUUAUCAGUAUUUGCUGGUAAUAACCAGUUCUUCGUUCAUUGCUUAAAGAUCAGACAUUGCAUAUCCUUAGUAGCUAUCAAGGUCUCUCAGAACAUGAAGUGCCAUUGUACUUCUUCAGUCUUGUUCCUGGAGAUUUGUGCUUAGUUUUCAAUAUUUAAUCCCAGAGAGGACCUUACUUCUUCUUUUAGCACCAGAAAUAUCUCUUCAUCCAUCAGUGCCUCACUAACCACUGUGCCAAUCUCUACUUACAUUCACAAGCAGUUAAUUCCUUUGUCAGUAGCUUGCAAUAUAUACACAUUAUUCCAUAAACUGUCAUAAUAAGGAGAUCUGAACACACAUAUUCUGAAUAUGUUAAGAAAUCCCCACUGCAGUAUUGAGAUUGUCUGAAAAACUUUAUCAAGUAGAGCUAUUUCAAUGUUGAUUGAUUCUGGGUUUUCCAUAAAUAAUCCUCAU